GGGGAGGGGAGGGGAGCGAUGAACCUCCCUCAGGGGCAUCCCCCAGCGCAUCCGGCAGGGCGUCAUCGAGGGCCCGUGCGCCAAUGGAGCGACAUCGACAGCGCAUCCAUUACAGUGCUGGCAAAUUUAGUUGGAGGCGUAGAUCCUGAGCCAGGAAUUGCGCAGCGUCGCCCGGAAGGCAUCGGAGGGCGAGGGGGAGAAGUUGCCGAAGGCGCUGGUCGAGUACCGACAAGGUGGUCGAGUUGAAUUGACUCCGGCACUGACGCAUGUUCAGAUGGAAUCUUCGCAGCUUCUGACGGUGCGCCAACGCAUCAGUUCCCUCGACAUUGCUUCGUUUGCUUCUUUCUCUCCGUAUUUCAUAUCCACCAGGCCGGGAUCGGAAUUGGCUGUGUAAAUUUUCGUCGUUGGGCGACAGGGUCCGUUUUCCGUGUCAUUUCUUUGUCGUUGUGGGUGACCGAUUAUUGUCGUUUUUUUGAUUUCGAUCUGAUAAAGAUUCAGCGCUAGCAGCAGCAUUGUCGAUCCAGAACAGACUCUCGCUUGAAGCAAGGGUCAGUGGACUGAAUUCCGAGAAGUUUCGUGGCGCCUGGAUUUGUGAGGCUUGAGGUUGUGAGGAUUCGCCGUUGGUGUUGUGAUCUGAACCGUGUGGUAUAUAGUGAGGGUUGCAGGUUUUCCAAGAACAAGAAUCCGUAGACUUUUCAGUCCCAGACUUCGUUUGACACUCGUAGAUUCCUUUGUGGCGUCGUCAGGUGGUGGCGGAAUUCUUCUUGGGCAUUUGGCAACGGAAGGAACUUUGGUUUUCGUAGCUUUAGGAGUUGAUUGCCGUCGUUGAUAGCGGGUGAAUCCGACUCUGAGGUCAUCCAAAGUACUGUCUUUGGAAAAUUUUUCGGGGUUUCGUCAAUUUGUAUAAUUGCUACAUCGGGUAACCGGAGAAGGAUGACGAGAAGUAGUGGGGGCGGCUUUGGAGAUGGUGGGGGUAGUGGGGAUGGUGGGAGUGGGUUCAGUUCAUCAUUCGAACAAGGACGAUCUAGCGGGGGUAGCUUCGACAACGUUCCAAGCGGCAGGGAUGAUGAUCGUGAUGAUUCAGGCUGGGGUCCAACUUAUGGUCCGACUUAUGGUCCAACUUAUGGUCCAGGAUAUGGUCCAGGGUAUUACGAUCGUACAGGAUUCUACUCAUCGGGUCCUAUGUAUGGUAAUUUAAUGCAGAGGCCCCCAGCAGCCGUGAUGACGCAAUUUGACAGGAAGACGGAGGCUCUCAACCAAAACAAAGCAUGCUUUACCUUCAUUAUGUUAUCCAUGUUCAUCGGAACAUUUUGGCUUUUACUUGGACCUUAUGGCACAACUACUUUGGCUUUGGACGUGAAUACUUCUCGACUACUGACAGCCCAUUCAUUCUUUGCCAAAAGUAUGAAGUUCUCAAAUAAAGGUGAAUUCAGGGGCCCUGUUCUUUACGGUUUGCACAAUCAACCAGCUUUGGACUCAGAAGUCAAAUGGAGCGAUUACCAAAACAUGACAAUGAAUUAUUGGCAUCAGGAAUUUUACUAUUAUUUGAAUAAAGGGUCCACUGUCAGAAUGAAGUCCAAUGUUAAAAUACCGGACAGAAAUGUUGUCUACUUCAAGGUUAUUCGAGGAAAAGAGGAUCUAGAAGCAUUUGUUGAGCGGCCUGACGAGGCUUCAAUUCGUCUACAUGACUACUUAGAGUACAAAUAUGAAGCAACCAGUGAUGACGAUCACAUCUUUGCCUUCGCCAAUACCCACCAUGUUGAUGCAGAGGUAGAGUUUGAGCUGGACAUUCAUAGUACGCAGUACAACGUACAUCACGCCAACGAAAAGUGCGAUUUGAAGUCUCACUGCGAACUUGAGCUUUCGCUUUUCGGUAGUAGAUAUGCUGUGCUAGUGACGCCAGGUGUUGACGAGAGCCAAGUUGACAACUGGGAGAUAGAAGUCGGUUAUGGAACUCGUUGGAUGUCGAUAAUCGUCAUAUACAGCUUUGUGGUCUUAUUGUACCUGGUUAGAAAAUCGAUGAUUAUGAAAUCCAUCCAUGAUAUCGAGGAUGCGAAUUCCGAGCGCUCACCUCUGGUCGCGCCUGAGGAUGCACAAUCGGAUCACAUUGCGCCAACAGCCCCUGAAAUACCAAGUUCCAUUCCUGAGGAAGAGGAAUAUCCUUACCGGAAAGACAAAGAUGUCUCAGAGGAUCAGCUAUGCUCUGUGUGUUUAGAUGCACCGAAGGCUAGCUUUUUUGUACCAUGUGGACACCGCGCCACUUGCUAUUUAUGUGGGCUCAGAAUAUCUAUGUCAGAAAAACCGACAUGUCCCAUCUGUCGGCAAGCAAUCGGUGAAGUGAAGAAAAUUUUUGACGCCUGAGAAAAUUGUUGCCAGCUGCUUGUUCUUUUGAGAUUACUGCUGGACUCGGGCAUUUUCGUGAUUUAUCACGACUGUACAUUUGACAGAAUGUAAGUUCCUACUGGGCUACAGAGGCCAUUUUCCAAUUUCUUGGUUGGUUCGGACAAUCUGUAAUUAGCUGUGUCGAACAGUGCCAGCUAUGAGAUCAAUUACGUGUGAGAGCAGCCUGUCCCUUGAUUAAGGGAUGACAACAAUUCUUAUACAGGGACAUUUUAUGUUCACCCGCAGUUCACCACACAAACUGCUGAAUUCAGUUGAAACUAUCAAGUGCCUAAACGUUGGGUUGAUUUAUGCCAGUCUUUUGCCACAACCUGUCUCGCGUGUCAUAAGUAAAUAAUUCGACUUGUCAUGUGAACUUGAUGGCU